AUGAAGGUCUCAGGUGCUCACUCCUGGCUUCUCUUAUUGUUCCUGGUCCAAAGUGACAGAAACCAGGUUUCAGGCCAGUGUUCAGUACCCACAGCACUAGUCUGUUGUCCUGGAAAGAAUAGCCAAUGCCAAAGUGGUGGGUGUUUUUGUGAUGAGUUCUGCGUCAUAAACAGGGACUGCUGUGCUGACUACAAUCAGACAUGCAUUCAGCCAUCCUUAUCAACCUUAAUAUCACCAACCUCACCACCUUUAUCUUCCUCAACAUCAACCUCACCACCAUCUUCAUCCUCCCUACCUACAACCAACCAAUCACCAACAUCAUCACCACAAACCUCACAACCAUCUUCAUCAACAUCACCAACAACCAACCGAUCAUCAUCACCAACAUCAGAACCACCUUCUUCUUCAUCCCCACCACCAACCUCUGCAUCUUCAUCAACAUCCCAGCAGAGAAAAAACAUCAGUGCAAUCACAGUCUUCCACAUGCGUGUUCGCUCAGGAGCCAGUGAGGAGGCAAUGCUGAAGGCUGUGCGGGAUUUCAUUCUCCACCUCAAGGGCUUGAUGAGGAAACAGCAAUGUGAAGACUGCAGUCUACGAGUGCUAAACAUCAGUCAGAAAUAUCACUGAUAACAUCAAGUCAAAUAUAUGUUUUUCAGUAGUUAAUCAUUAUUACCUGACCUUCCUCCACGUGUUUGUUUAAGACUCCUGGUGUGUAAAUGGUGUCACUAGAUGGCGCUAGAGGACCAAACCUGUAAUGGAAAUCAGAGAGGAUUGUCUAAUC